AUGGCUGCUGAAUGCCUCACCAAGAUCUCCAAUGCCCGAGGAACCGAGCAGCGUACAGCAAAUCAGCAGUUGUCGCCCCUCCUAAAACUGAAUGAGGAGACAACACACUUGCCAGAGAGCUUAGAGGAAGAGGAUCUGCCGUCUUUUGAUGUACCUGGGUGCAUAGUAAAUGGGAGGAACCGCUGCCUGGAGGUCCCCGCUGCUGGCAUACGAGAUUACUUACGAGCUUUGGCCGGAUGCCUCAGUGUGGCGGUGAUCGACCUACCGGAGGCGCAAGUCACUGUUGGCCUAUUCAAGCAAGGCAUGGUGUCUCGUGUAAGGAUAGACAUGGGCCCUCUAGCGACUUUCGCCUCAAAGUGUGAUAACCAAUUGCUUCCUAUUUCCUUCCAUCAACAUGAGAAAUCCAACUCUUUAUUACCUAGAGGACAGCUCAACACUGACAACGCUUGUGAUGCGGAGAAUACCGGGGGGCAUCACGACCCGGGAUACGCCUGUGGAUCCACUGGAGGAUCGGCUUGCAAGGGUUUGGACAUUCCUCCGUCCUCGGCUCUUCGAGGGACCGAGCUGUUCACCGGCGAGUACAAUUGCAACCCGAGAAUUUACGCGCGGAGACCUUUUGCCUGCCAUGCAGGAGAUAUCAGCGGCAAGCUGGGGACUGGCGUCAACGUUUCUCCCGACCUCUCAAGGCCUGACUUCAGACUUAUGGCUUUAGACACCCAUGCGGACAACACUUGUAUUGCUUCAGAGAGCAAGCACUCGUUGGUGCUGCACUGCCACUCCACGAAUUUUCGCAUCGCCUGUGCCCCUUUCCAACGCGUAGAGACAGCGGGAAACCGUCUCCCUAACCUUUUGUGGGAGAUCAUCAGAACGGCAUCCUCAGCUGCACCUCACUUACGCAACCAAAAUGCCCUUCUGGCAGCCCUGAUCUGCGUGAAUGAGGUCGAGCAGAGGAUACUGCUUUUAGAAAAGGCCGCAAAAAUAAGGAAUUGGGAUAGGACUCCAGUAAGAGAGCCGGAUCACCCAGUUUCCAUUGGAUGA